AUGAUAGCCUGCAGAUUGACUGGUGAAGACUUGAUCCAUCAGUUGUGCCCGGAAGAUGCUCAAGAUGGCAGGAAACCAGCACCAGAAAGAAAUUACACAGCAGGCCAAGGUGAGACACUGACCAAGGUUCCAGCAUUGCAUGAGUUGACAGGUUUAGGUGCCAUUAAGCACUCAAAGUCUCACCGCGCAACACCAUCUGCUGCCUCCAGAUCACCAAGUUCAGAUGGUGCAGCUUCAACAACAUCAACAGAGGAGCUUGUGAGGAAGUGUAGCAGCCUUGAGGCUACACUCCAUGCAUACACAAACAGCGAUCGAGUGCUCCGGCACCAGCUAUGGCUGGAAAACAAAUCCCAUGCUGCCACACGCCACGAGCUGGAGCUGGAGAAACGAUUUCAAGGUGAUUGCGCCGAGGCCAAUGCCAAGCUGCGCGAGGACUUUUCCAAAAUGCAGGAGGCCUAUGCCGUAGCACAGCAGGUGUUGGGGAUGGAGCAGGAACACCACCGCGCCAUGAUGGCCGAGCUAGAGAGUGCAGUCCAGUGGUGUCACUGA